CAAAGGAAGGAUGAUUAGAGUAGCUCUGCUAAUCGUUGGAUUGGCGGUGGCCCAAGGAGCUUUGCCAACUCAGGAUGUCCUCUUGAAGGCCGGAGAAUAUGGAGUCUCCUCCUCAAUGGAGGACUACGAACGCCUGAUGGAGCUGCGCUCCCUGGGAAUGGAGUUCUUUCGCGAGUUCCGGAAUAUCUCGGCAAAGGAUGUACAUCUCCUCGAUGGGCGAUUCGAUCAGCAGGAUCUCGUUUGCCUGGCCGAUUUGGCUCAGUUUAUGGGGGGCCUUACCUCCGGCCAGUUUUGGGCUCUUAAAAUGAUUGAUGCCUGGGGUUCGAUCCCCUCGGGCUACCUGUUCGGCAACCUCGUCGAUAUGGGAAACUACGAGGAGUGUCUUCGGGUGGACAGUACCAUUAGUGAGACGCACAGCAUCCAGGGAAAGUACUGCUUCAUGGAGCUGCCCAUCUACAAGUGGCUGGGCCUCACGGCGGACCUUCUCAAGGUGACCAACAUGAAGACUGCCCUGUGCUUUCCCUCCUCCUGUUCAGCUAGUGUAAUGGAGACCUUCCUGAAGCAACUCUUCCAACGAAUUCUGGGCGUCUCCGAUCCAAGCAAUUUGUUCUCCAUCAGCGAAGAGACGUGCAAGGUUAAGGAGACUGAAGCCUGGGAUGGCCUAACCAUAUUUACCAUUGUUCUAAUGUCUGCGUUUGCUACUACGGUGAUUGGUUGCACUUUGUACGAUUACUUUUGCUGCCCGGAGCAGGAUAAAAUUCCCCAUCUUAUAAAGGCCUUCUCAGCCCGAGCGACUUCACGUAACCUCUUCACCUUGGCGGAUAUUAAGAAGAGUCCCAAUGUAAUCCAUUGCCUGAAUGGCAUGCGCUGCAUUUCGCUAAUCUGGGUAAUCCUGGGCCAUGAGUACAUCAUCAGCCUGAAGGCGCCGGCCAUAAAUCGGGGGGAUAACCUAAGAUGGAUGCAGCAGGCCUUCACCAGCUUUAUACUCUACGCUCCGUUCUCGGUGGACACUUUCUUCUUCAUCAGCGGUCUGCUAUUGGUGGCCAUUGGUCUGAGGGCCCUGGAGAAAACCCAGGGAAAAUUGAACGUGCCGCUGAUGUAUCUGCAUAGGUAUCUUCGCCUCACUCCCAUCGUAGCCGUUGCCAUGCUGGUCUACCUCAAGUUACUACCCCUCUUCGCCGAUGGUCCCAUGUACGAUAGCACCGGGUUCUUUGACUACUCCACAUGCGAGAGUACCUGGUAUUUGACACUACUCUACGUCCAGAACUAUGCCACCAACGAUAUGUGUCUGCCACACACCUGGUAUCUCGCGGUGGAUAUGCAACUGUACCUCUUCUCACCCAUCCUCCUGAUUGUCCUCUACAAGUGGGGCAAGAAGGGAGCCGCAGGUGUCCUUCUGCUGAUGCUGCUACUCUCCGCCUGCCUGUUUGCCACCAUAAUGACGAAUGACUACAAGAUUAUGUUCAAGGAUGGUGGACAGGUGCCAGAGGUCCAGAAGAAGAUCUACUACUAUACACAUACGCAUGCGGCUCCCUGGUUGAUUGGCACAAUCUUCGGCUACUUCCUGCACCUGAUAAGCGGUAGGAAACUCCAGUUGAAUCGAUUGGCAGUCUGGUCAGGUUGGCUGCUCUGCCUGGCCAUGAUGUUCACCGCGAUCUUCGCCCUGUUCCCCUAUGCCAAGCUGCUGGGCUCCUCGCCCACCGUCUUGGAGGGAGCCCUCUACUACACCCUGUGCCGAGUGGGCUGGCCCCUGGCCCUCUGCUGGGUGGUCUUCGCCUGUACGAAGGGUUAUGGGGGUCUGGCCAACAGCUUCCUGUCCUCGCCCCUAUGGCAGCCCCUCUCGAAGCUCUCCUACUCCGCCUACAUCUGGCACAUCUUCAUCCAGGAGGUGAACAACCGACGCAUUCGCUCGAACACCUACUUCUCCAACUACGAUGUGAUGCUCAACUUUUGGUCCACUUUUGGCUUCACCCUUCUAAUGUCCUAUGUUCUCUACGUUGCCAUUGAGGCUCCACUGGAGGGCCUGGAGAGAAUGAUGUUCCCCAAUCGAAGGAGCUCACCUCCGAAACCUGAGGUGCGAAUAGAGAUCAAGGAGGUAGAGCAGGCUAACCCGGAAAACCUCACAAAAACAGACCUCGAGUCAUAA